UGUUAGUGAGGCCCGUAAUACAACGUCAGCGCAGAGUCCUGCAGCCAAUCAGAAAUCAGACCCAAAAAUGUUUAGUGGAAGUAUUUGAGCGGCAUUUUCAUCAAGAGGAUUUAGUGCAGCAGGAAGCUUCUGUAACUGAGCUGGAAGAGUCUGCAGCUUUCACACUUUGGUUCGUUUAUUUUAAUGUAACAGGUAGUUUGUGCUGCAGUGGGGUGAAGGAGUGAGAGCAGAGAGGAGAGGGAUGCUCUCAUCACAAAGAAAGCUGGAUUGUUCUGGGCCGAAAUUCCCAGGCGCGUUUUCAGAACUGAACACUUUUACCUCAGAUGCAAACACACUGCCUGCUUUUCUGGUCGAAUUUUUAUUUUUCAUUCUUUCCAACGGCAUCAGCUAAUUGCUAGAAGGAAGACAGAGACUGAUCAGAAACUUGGAUCUUUUUCUUUGGAGCUUCAGCUCAUCAUCAUUAUGGAGGAAAAUGUUCAAGGAGAACCUGAGCGUCCAAAGAGCUCUGGAGAGGAGUCCAACCGGGCCAUCCUGCCUCUGCUGCAGCAGCCCGGGAUUCAGCAGUCCGACCGGGUCACCAACUUCUACAUAGACAACAUCUUAAGGCCGGACUUUGGCCGAAAGAGAAAGAAAGGCACAUUAUGUGUUCGGGGAGGACACGGGCUGGAGGAGAGGAGCGAGGUGUCAGGGAGAAAAGCUUCCAAAACGGACUCAAAGCGCGGCAGGACAGGAGGACGGGAGGACAGCUUGGGGAAGUCCGACCACCAGCCUGCGGAGUCAGAGGCGGGCGGCCCCGGGCUGACAGCCUGCGACUCAGGCCGAGGGAUCUCCUGCCGCAGCCCCGAGAGCAGCGAGGCCCCGGCGGCCCCAGCGGCCCCAGCAGCCAAGCCGAUGCUGUGGCCGGCCUGGGUUUAUUGUACCAGGUACUCCGAUCGGCCUUCAUCAGGGCCCAGAUCCCGCAAACCAAAGAAAGCCCCGACCCCGAGCAAGGAGGACAAGCGGCCCCGGACGGCCUUCAGUGCCGAGCAGCUGCAGCGGCUGAAAGCGGAGUUCCAGAAGAACCGGUACCUCACCGAGCAGCGGAGGCAGAACCUGGCCCUGGAGCUCAGCCUCAACGAGUCUCAGAUCAAAAUCUGGUUCCAGAACAAGCGGGCCAAGAUUAAAAAGGCCUCCGGGAAGAAGAACUCUCUGGCGGAGCACCUGAUGGCGCAGGGGCUGUACAACCACUCCGCCGGCCGGGAGGCGGAGGCCCACUCCGACAGCGACUGAAGCCAUCACAUCACCAGCAUCCUGGGCCGGUACCGCCGCUGUCUGACAUCACACAGUUCUGCGCGCUGGACUGUUUAAAGCACGACUGACAGGGCUGCAGCCUCACAGACAAAUCUCCUGAAAUGUUUUAGAUGUAGAGUUCUUUCAUCUUGAAGGCUCAGCUGAGGCAGAAGGCCGGCCCGGAGCGCUCCAGGCCGACCAGAACCACCGGCUGACAGCGUGGCUGCUGGAACCCAAAGACAGCUCAGCUGCUUCAUGGUAGGCCUUCUGUUUGUCCAGCUGUUCUGUUGCUGCAUUUUCCUUUGUGAGUCAAAGCUCAGCUAGGUUUCAUUGUAGAGCUGAUCUGGCAGCAGGCGCCUGCAGAGCUGCUAGUUUUCAAGGUUUUCAAUCAUUUAUGGACCUGACCGGAAAUGCCUUUGGAUCUGUGGUUCCAGUGCUGCCUUAUCGCAGUUCCCCCAAUUUCCCAGCAAACUAUCGGUGUCAAUAAGUGGGAUCAUGCGCUCUUAUUUAUAUCCAACACAGCCAGAAUCCAGAGCAAAGACGCUCUGACAUGUUUACAUAAUUUAUUUUUCUACACAAACCUGUCUUUGAAUGCAACGUUUGGCGGAUCAAUGAAUAUGAAUCCAAACCAAAUGUAAGCCUUACAAUGCAGUCAACGUUUUUGUUUCCUUAAAUUGAUUCUGUUUCCUAAUGAAGAUUUUAUGUUUUCAGUUGUUUUUGUCCAUUUCUGAUAAAAUUCUCCUUUUAGACAACAUGUAAAUAAUUUAUGUCAUGAUGAUGUGUAAAUAAACAAUGCAGAUCUGGCUUUUUAGAUAUUUUAUUUUAUGCCCAAAUACAGAACACAUUUUAUGAAAAUAAGCAACUGUCCAUCAGACUUGACUUUGCAAACAGUUUUAGCUUUAAUUAUAAAUGCACAGAAAAUUUGCCUCCGAUGGAAAGAACUACAGUAUAUCUAUAUGUACAUUUGCAUUUCCUUUGUUUAAAGUACUAAUUUAAAAUUCAGUGAUUGAAUGAUUCACUUAUUCAAUACGUAUACGCAUUCAGUUCAUACAAUUUCUUGCAAGUAGAAUAAAAACUUAAAUUGAUGUUUUACUCUGAACAUGAAUAUUUUCCAUAAGUGGUAAAAUAUUGAGUAAAAAGCUCCAAGCAUAAAAGUCUUCACAGGUCAAAUGAACCAUAUCCUUGCUGCCGUUUCAAAAAUGAAGAUCAGAGAAUAAAAACAAUCCUAUAAAAUUUGCAGGCAUUAUCUAUUAAAUAAGCAUCAUAGAAACAAAGGCAUGUAAGUAGAAUGUAUGAGCAGGAACCAAUUCAGAACAAUAAGGUUCCUGGACUGGAGUCAGUUUUGUUGCUCUAUCCAAAGAAAAAGAAAGACAGGAAAUAUUUUACUUUUGCAAAUUACACUGAUAAACAGGUCAGUAGAAUCGAUCAAAACCAUCUGGCAGGUUGAUCCAUGUGCUGUAACUUCAUGAUUUUUGAAUAUCUGAAUGUUUGAAUUAAUAAAAAUCCAAGAGCAUUAAAAAAUACCUCAUGAAAAAUGAGACCAUGAGUUUAUUAUAAGGUGAAAUUUUUGUAAAACAUUCACAGUACACAAAAAAAUAAUUUUGGGGCCCCCCAACUUUGCAGCCCUGUGCUACUAGGACCCUAUGAGUCCUUUCUUAAAUCUGGCCCAUUAGAUAUCAUGGAGCUUCACAGUGGUCAAAUUCAGCUGACAAAUAUUCUUCAGUAAAUAAUCCAAAUGUGUGUUGAAUCCCAAACAAUCAUGUAAAUAACAGCAGAUUUUCUUCAAAUAAGUGUGGAUCCAUACAGGUCACGAGGGCCUAUAUCAGUUGCUGGUUCAAAUGAUCCAUUUACCUGACAUAUCUAACUUCUGAUAUAGAAAAUAACACAAAAAAUGUAUAUUAGCAACACGUAUAUCAGAUUUUCCUUCUGCUUUUUGAGGCAGUCAUCUCGGCUUGGUUGAAUUACAAAAAUAUUUGCAAACUGAAACAACCCUGAAGAUGAACCAGAUGACAUGUUUGGUUGAAGUUAAACAAAAACAACAUGUCCUCCUUACUAAGCCAGAUCCAGCAGCCAAAUUAUUCCUAAAGAGUCACUGAAAAUGCCUAACUUCACUUGUCUCUUCACUUCUGGGUGACAUGUACCUGCCAGAGGAGGGGAGCAGUGAAAACAAGAGACACAGACAGAAAUAUGAAGGCCAGAGGAAGAUCCACUGUGUUUUCUAUUGGCAAUGAUAGCAGCAGCAGCCAGGGGUCUGAAUGGCUGCAGAGGCCCUCAUCUGCAUUUCCUUUCUUAGCUGGCUUGUAUGUGGAAGUAAUGCCCAACGGUCGCUGACUGAAGAACUCAGCUGCCCUUGACUUGGGAGAAAAGGCUGGGAGCCGAGUUUCUACGCACUGUCAGGGGCUGACAGCUGAAGGGUUGGUGGUGCUGGGUAUGUUGGGGUAUGUUGGGGUAUGCUGGGGUAUAUUGGGGUAUGUUGGGGUAUGCUGGGGCAUGGGGGCACAGAACCUGGACGAUGGUCCAAAUAUUUCCAUGCAAAGCAGGAAAUGACGACACUCAGGCAAAAUCUGACAUCUUUACUCUAUCCUGCUCCAACUGGGAAUUUUAAUAAAUCAGGAGGAAUAAUACAGCCAAAACAUGAACCCUAGGCUGCUGUUUACAUUUGAAGCAUGCUUUUAAAAUGAUGUCAGAAAGCAUUCCAAUGUUUAACAUGUCAGUCUUGUUCUUGCAGUUUCUUGUUUUCUAUUCCUUCACGCCUCUUUUCUAGAAGCAAACUGGAAGACUUUGCUGCUUUUAUUUAAGUUUUAAAAUAAUUUGGAAGCGAAUGUUUGCUGCUUGCAGUUUUUUAAUGUCCAACCACUUUCUAAGGUAAGCGACAGCAUAUUUCUAGAGGAGAAAAGAGGAUUUAUUUAUUUUUUUGUUUGGUUUCAGCAUCAGUUUUUAGAAUUUCUUCAGCAAAAAGAUGGGAAGAAUUAGAGUCUGAUGAUAAUAAACCUGGAGAGGACAGUAGAAAUGUGUUGGUCUGCAUUAACAAAACAGGAGCCUGAUAUAAGCUAGCAUGAAUCUAACUAUAUGCUAAUGUGUGAACACUUGCAGGUUAUGUCCAUGUUUCUUUCUAAGAUUAUUUGAAUUGUUGCCAUAAAAUAAGCAGAGUUAAUAUGAGAUAAAUUGCAGGUUCUGACCAUAAGAGUCUGGAUAUGUUAAAAAAGGAAAAAAAACAACUUUCAGUGCCGCUGUGUGUUGCAUCUAUUCAAACUGGUUGUUCUUUAGUGAAGCCAGCCCAAAGUAAGGACUUCCUGCUGUGGAGUCCAAACUUUUUGCCUUGUGGCCCAAAUUCAUCAAGUUGAAAGUGUCUUCAUUUUCAAAAAAAUGCAAAAACAAUUUUUAGUUUGAUUAUGUCUCUAUUUUUACCUUCUCAGCCAUAAACUAAAUAUUUAGUAUUUUAUUGAAAAUUAAAGUUAUCCUAUUUUUGUAGAAAACAUAGAAACACAGAGAUUAAUGCUAUUUAUACAUGAAUGUGGAUCAAUUGCUCUCUAACUUCUUAGCCUAGAAACGAUUUAAACAUUUGAGUGAAAAACUAGUGGAUUUCUUUUCAAGUCUUUUUUUUUGGGCUUAGGCAGCUUUUAAUUGAGAGAAGUUGUACAGGAAAGUAGGUAAUGAGAGACGGGGAAGACAUGUAGCAAAGGUCAUCAGGCCGGGAAUCGAACCUGUGACAUCCGCGUCAUGGACUAAGGCCUCCAUACACGGCUUGUACCACUACAGCACCCUAAAGCUGCUGGAUUUUUGGAGAAUCAACGUAAAUUAUUAAAAAAACAAAUCUUCUGUACAGUAUGUAAUAUUUUCCAUUUUAAGUAACCUUAAUUUAUCAAGUAAAAUUUCACCCAAAAUGUGUUUACAAAGUAUCAAAACUCUUGCAAAGCCUGUCAGCGGCACAUGGUCAGCUAACAUACUUUUCAUAAAUAGAUAUGAUGAAAAUAUAUGUUUCAACAUAGUUUUCAUUAAACUCACAUUUAUAUAUAAAAACUUUUUCUUGGUCUAAUAUAAUAUAUGUCUAGUGUUUUCAUUAGCUGUAAGCAGAAUAUCAUAAAUAAUAGAAAUAAAGGCGUGUAAGCAUCCAUCUGUGUGGAAUUAAUGGAAUUAAUAUUGCUUAGUGAAAUAUAAAAUAAUAUAUUUUGCAUAGGUAGGUUUAAGCAAUGAAACAAGACGUCUUUUAUACUGAAUGUUUGAUUUUAUUUUUUACAUAUUUUUCUGUAAGCAACACUGAUGUCCUUUAAUAUCCUAAGUUACAAAGUUGUUGCCAGAUUCAGUGGCUGUUACACCUAAAUGUCUCUUAUUUGAAUUUUUGUCACCUUUACUUGCAUUAAAUUCACAGAAACCCUAAUUUCAGAGAACUAUAAAACACUUAAACACGUAGAAUAACUGAACAUUUUAUCAUCAAAAUUAGAAAAAUGGAAUGAAAAGGUAAAAAAACACCCAACAGUCUCACUACCAAAGCAUUUAACCACCCUUUGAGGCAGUCAUUAUAAAAUAAUGAAAAGAUGGAAAUGAGGUUUGUUAAUCACUGCUUAUUCAUGACGCUUCGUCUGUUGACAUAUAUCCAAGGUUUCAUUUAGUAAUACUUAAAAGAAGCACACUUGUCUUAUUUCCUGAGUAUGGGAACAUUUCAGUCACAUUUCUCUUUUCCCUGGUUAAAUACAAAUUAAAAAACAUAACACUGAUUUAUCCAAAGUUCAGACAUCCUCUUGUCAUAAAGUUCACCUCUCCAAUAGGCAGAGGAAAAGGGCAGAUGAGUAGAGAAAAGAAAAGUACAUAUCACAAAGUACUGAUGUCUCCUGUGUCUCAGCCAAACAAAAGAUUGCCCAUCCAGUCCCCCUCCCCCACUGAGAGAUUUGCCCAUAGUUCUCUAAACGCUUCCUAGUCAAACUUGGAAUAUGGAAUGAAGAGGACAGGGGCUUUGUGGCGGAAAUAUAAUUACAGCCACUAAAAGCUGGUGACGGUGAAGAAAGGGAGAUGACAUCAGGGCAAUUUCACACCCAGGUCUUCGAUGGCCAGGCCAAGCCUGGAUGUUGCUGCAAUACACUGAUCAAAGCCUCCUGCAGCUGGCCUGCGCCC